ACAGGGUUUCCCAGAGCCUCAGCACCACCGGACCAGCCUGCAGCUAUGGCGUUCAACGGGACAUGGAAGGUCGACCACAGCGAGAACUACGACAAGUUCAUGGAACAACUAGGCAUCAACGUCAUGAAACGUAAGUUGGCCGAACACGACAACCUGAAGAUCACCAUCGAGCAAACUGGGGACAAGUUUCACAUCAAGGAGUCCAGCACCUUCCGCACCAAAGAGAUCGACUUCACCCUGGGCGUCCAGUUCGACUACACCAUGGCCGACGGCACCGAACUCACAGGAACAUGGGAGCUGGAAGGUGACGUGCUCAAAGGUAAAUUCAACAGGAAGGACAACAACAAAGUCUUGACCACCACGAGAGCUUUGGUGGGUGGAGAGCUGGUGCAGAGUUACAACUAUGAGGGCGUGGACGCAAAGAGGACUUUCAAGAAGCAAUAACUGGAAUCCUGGAGUUUAUAUUUUUAUAUACGUAGAUGACACACGUUUUUUUAUAUUAGGUUGGAGAAGUGUUUAUUCUGAAAAACAAUUGCAUGACAUGUACCUCAAAAUGAUUUAUUUUACUAUAAAUGUUUAAGAAAAAAAUUAUCACGGUGCUGUACGGCCGAUAGAUGUGAAGAAAAUUCCUGCCCUGAAUGCAAAACAGUGAAUCAGUUGAAAAUAUUUUGAUUUUUGUUUGAAUUCUGCUGGUGCAAACCAACUGUGAGCUCAAAGAAUCAUGUCAGAAAUGUUGGAUAAAGAAGUUUUUUCUUCCAUUAUCCAAACAAACUACGUUCUUCAAGUUAAAUGAUCUUAAAUAAAUAWGAAUUUGUCAUCACCAGCAGCAUGACUGAAAGACCCAAAGACUCACAGAAAGGUCGGCUCAUCUCGAUGACAUAAGGCCUGUUUUCUAUUUUAGAUUUGGUCAUGAAAUGACAUUUCAGAUGCUUUUUUCUUUUCUUUUUGUGUCAUAAAAUAUCCAGUAUUAGAACUGAGAUAAGUCCCACUUUAGUUGUGAAUUUUAUUUUUGAAAUAUUCGGCAGCUUUAUGUCCUUUUUUUUUCUUUAUAAAAAUGCCUCUAACUACUCAGGAAAAAUGGAAGAAAAAAAGAUGAAAAAGCUAAAUGAUCGGAAAAUGAAAUAUGUUUUCUGUGAUUUGGAUGAACUGCCUCAAAAACACAAGCAGCCCGAGAUUAAAGCAGCACAAAACAAUAUCAUAUAAAUUAGAUUAUAAAAGUAUAAAAGGUUGGCUGAUGAGUCCAUUUGCACUAAUGCUCACUAUUAAAACUCUUUCACAAUAAAAUAACUUUAAUGUGUCA